AUGUAUCCAAAUCUUACCAAGAUAUGGAUCAACUUCCCACAUCCUUUCACCAUAACUGCACGCCUCCACUUUCUACAAGUUGUUCUGGCGAACACAGGUUUAGACAAACCGCUGCUUGCUGCUUUGAAGGACGGUGAUUGUUCGUGGCUCAAUUUCACGAGGGAAAGAAUUCGCCGUGUGCUGGGAACUGAAAUCCCACAGCUCGCUCCCACUCGAGAUUCUGAGGUCGAUCCGUUGAACCCGCCGUCUAUCAAUCGUCCAGCCAAUUUCCAUCAGAUCCCGAUAGGUACUAGCUGUCGGGAAGUUCCGGACGCUACUUCUUCAAGCACUUCGCACCAUUCCUUAAUCCGCAGAGCAUCUAAAGGAAAAAUGACGAGGAGGCCAUCAGCUCGCGAGGCCGAGAAGGCAAGGAAAAACCGGGCUCAAGCUGGGAGCUCGGGAGCUGUUCGCACUGGUGAGAUUCGUCGCGCUUUCACGAGAUUCUGA